CACGAACAAUUAUUUGGUUACGUUUAAUUAACAUGUUAUUUACGUGAUCAAUUUGUAAAAUAGAAAGUUACAAAGUUUUUCUGUUUACAAUCGAAUGAUUAUUGCAAUUGGGCGUAUAUCCAUCUUUUAGUAUAAUUCAAUUGUACAUAUAUUUGUAUUUCUUUAAACGUACACUUAUCAUCACGUAAACAAACAUUAUAUGUGACGCAACCCGCCAAAUGGUACUAGCCAACCAAAUACUUAUAUAUACCCGUGUAUUUACAUGAUACGUGACGACGAAGUGCAUGAAGUGUAUUGCGUCACAAAUGGCUUCUGCCAACAGUGUGGCGUCAAUAAAUGUCGUCUGCUCGUUUUGACAGUUAUACUUUUAAUUAGCUAAGGAAUAUCAUUUUUCUAACUGGUCAUUGCACAUUUUUUCCAAAUAUCGACAAUUUUUUUUCCUAACAUAUUAUUCGGAGCGAGUUAUUUGAUUAGGAAAAUAUGGAGUUUUAUAUAAAAUAUCAUAAUGUGAUAAUAUUAUCGUCUGCUUAAUUGACAGCUGCGCAAGUUCAGAAAUCAGCGCCGAAGCGGUGAAGAGAUACAGUAUUUGGAUUUGUGGCAGUUUUGUUGAAAAUAGGAACGAUUUGUCAAUAAAAUGACGAUUACGACAAAGUCGAUACUGAAUUUUUGAAAAUACGACAUACAUGUCACACGUUUUAUUUAACUUUUCGCUUAAACAUGGAGGCGGAAGUUAGAGUUGUUCAUCGUUCUUCAAGUAUUUUCAAUCACAAUGCGGUUUAUUAUGGAUUUUAGCGUGAAUGACGUGUCAAUGCAUAGUCAAUCACAAUAAACUCGAAAUAUAUAUACAGCUACAAGUUCCUUCGAAUAACUGAUGAAAUAAUAUCCAUCAAAGGGAUGAAUGCUAUGCCUAAGGAAAAAAGAUCAAUAAACUAAACAGUCAUCCUAAACAGUAUACUUACAAAUAUGUAUUAUUUACACAUUCACUCUAGUUAUUCUAUUCAAACUAAUCAAUAUGAAAGUGUUAAAUUUAUUGAUAUUUAAAGUGCAAUUAUUUAUUAACACAACAUUAAAUGUGUUUCUUUAAAUAUGAGAAAUAUACUAAAGAUAUAUUAACGUAAUAAAAUGCUAUAGAUGUUAACAAGAUAAACAUCUUGCUUUACGAUUCUAGUCUAUAUUAUAUAAUAGAAAUAUAUAUUAUAAUUAUUGAUAUAAUUGCACUGUUUAUAUAAAAACUAUAUAUAAAUAAGUACUUAUAUCAUAUGAGCAUAGACAUUGAACAAAUUCUUAUUUAUACGUUAAAUUAUAUUAAAAGAGGAGUGAUUGCAACCAAAUGACUACAAAUUACAAAUGCCUAUAGUUUGAUUCAUUUAAUAGUGAUAUAUAUGAUAGAUUGAUUUUAUUAAACUUUUUUAAAUGAUAUAUUUGAAAUAUGCAAUAAUAAAUAUUUAUUCGUUGAUAGUGGAUUAAUUACAUGGUGUUCAAAAUAUAAAAUCAUAAAUACCAUGGAGCAAUGCGAAGAAACUAAUGUAUCUAAUGCGACAAAUGCUAAGGCAGAUAUUUCUCCUAAGUCAAAACAAAAAAAAAAGUCUCUUUGCCGUAUGCUUAUGAAUAAAAAGACAAAAGUCGGAUGUUUAGAAACAUCUUACAAGGAUGGCGAUUCAAAUAAAAAUUCUAAACUAGAAAAUUCCCAACAUGGAUCUCACACUAGUACAAAACUUUCAUUAUGCUGUGCAAUGACUGAACGCAGCAGAACACCGCCACAAAGUUUGACUGUCAGUAGAUUAUCUCCAACUACAUUAAGCCAUACAUCUGUUAAAUCUGAAGUAGCUUCUGCUAAUGGAAAUUGUCAGACAGAUGUAACGAUAGAAAAAGAAGAAAUGUAUGUAGUAAGCACACAUAAUGUCCAAGAAACUAUAGAAAAGAAUAGUGUUUUUAUGGGCAAAGAGCGACAAAGUACAUUUACUGAAGAAUUUCAUGACAGUAGUAAUAGUGAAAAAAAAAAUACGUUUAAAUUGGUGCAUGAUAUUAAUACCGAGGUGAAUUUUGCCAAUACAGAAAAUAAUAAUCAUAAAAUUAAUGUUAAAAAUUCAUGUGACAACCAAUAUUUAAAAAACGAUGAAGUUACGCUACAUGAAAAUGUAUCAGAUACAACUCAAAGUUUUAAAAAAAGUGAUAAUUUAUGUCCUACUGAUUUAUGCACAAAUAUAUCAAAUAUUCCAAAAAAUAGAAAGACAUUUAGUGCAACAAACAUUUGUGUAGAAAAGGAUGAAAAAGAAUAUAAAUAUGGUUCAGAUAGAAAUUUAGAUAAAAAAAUAGCAUUUUUAGAUCAAAAUUAUAGCAUAACAGAUAUUGUGUUACAUUCUGAUACUACUUUUGUGCAAAUAUCAAAUUUAAUACCGCAUUCUGGCACUAUGAAUAAUUUACAAAAAUUGCAUAAAUUUUUAAUAAAAGAAAAAAGUGUAAUGUCACAUGAAAAUAGUGAAGAUAGUGAUUUCUCUGCAGAGUCAACAGAAGAUUCAUUUGAGGAAUCGUCAGAAGAUGAAAAUGAUCUUUUAAUUGAUUAUGAAAGAAAUGAAAAAUGUUUAAAGGAUGAAUAUUUUACAAAAGGAAAAUAUAUCACUUAUUUCUUCUUGGAAAUGGAACGGAUGUUCUACAAUCCUUUUGAUGUUUACAGUAUGGUUCAAUACCAUGAAUCUAACAAUACUGAAAAACCAGGAAAAAAAGGUGAAAAUUCAUCCUCUGGAUCUGUUUCUCCAAGUGUUCCUACAUAUUUAAGACAGAAACUAAUUCAUAGGCGAUCUGUGGAUAAUUUAGUAGGGAAUUCACCAACAAAUUCUAUGAGACAUUCAAGUCCAGAAUCUAUAAAAAGUGCACCUGUUCAGCUUAAACCACGUUCUACAUCUCAUGAUGCAUUGUCCAAGAAAAAAGAGCGUCAUCAAUCUCAAACAACUGGAACAUCUAUGGAUAGUUUGGCAAAACAAGCAUUAUUAGCUGCACAAGUUCUUAAUCUGAUUCCUACACAAAAAGCACGAGAAAGAAAUUUUCUUCACGGAAGGAUUGCUGCAAAUUCACUACUUGGACCAGUAGAACUUGAGAAAGUAUUACCAAAUCGUGAAUUGAAAAUUUUUAUUGGUACAUGGAAUAUGAAUGGACAGAAUCCACCAAAAGAGCUAAAUGAUUUUAUGUUACCUUCAGAUAUAGAAACUGUUCCAGAUUUAUUAGCAAUUGGAACGCAAGAAUCUUGUUCUGAACGAAGUGAAUGGGAGGCAGCUUUACAAGAAACUCUUGGCCCUUCUCAUGUACUUCUUUGUAGUACUGGUUUAGGGACACUACAUCUUGCACUUUUCUUAAGAAGAGAUUUAAUUUGGUUUUGUUCUAUCCAUGAAGAUGCUAGUUUUUCAACCAGAACAGGAACUGCUUUCAGAACAAAAGGAGCAGUAGCUAUAGCUUUAAUGUUAUUUGGCACAAGUUUUCUAUUUGUUACCGCACAUUUAACUGCACAUCAGGAUAAAGUUAAAGAAAGGGUAAAUGAUAUUAAAAGAAUAGUUAGAAAUCUUGAUCUUCCUAAAGAGUUACCUACUAGACAUAAAAGCAAAGAUGUAACUCAAAAUUUUGACUGUGUAUUUUGGUGUGGUGAUUUAAAUUUUCGGCUGGCUCAACCAAGAGAGGAAGUUAUUCAAUGGGUUACAGAUACAUGCUUUCCACAACAAUUACCUAUAAAUUUACAUAAAGAUCAAUUACAAACAAUUCUUAAUGAAGGAGCAGUUUUACGUGGUUUUGAAGAAGCACCAAUUACAUUUCCUCCUACGUACAAAUAUGAUCCUGGAACUCAAAAUUUUGACUCAAGCAGUAAACAACGCACACCUGCAUAUACUGAUAGAAUUCUCUUUAAAGGGAAAGGACAUACAAGAAGUUAUAUUAGAAGAGUUAGUUAUGAAAAUUCUAAUUCACAUAAAGAUGGAGUCAUAGAAUGUUUGGUUUAUGACUCUGUACCUAGUAUUUGUACUUCAGAUCAUAAACCUGUAUGGGGUGUUUUUAAAACAAGCAUAAGGCCUGGUAUUGACACGUAUGUAUCAUUCAUGUAAGUUCAAUUUCCUUUUUAAAACAUAUAGUUUUUGAUUAAUAUCUGUUACAGCAUUCCUCUUGGAGGAGGUUUGUUUAAUCGUGAAAUAUAUCUAGAAGGCAUAAAAAGACGAGCAGCUGCUAUGGAUGACUCUCAUGGAACUUCAAAAGUAUGUUCAAUUCAAUAAUUAUAGGUAAUAUAAAUUUCAUUGAAGAAAAAAUUUCAUAUUGAAAAAUUUAUAUAACAUGAGCAUUAUUCGUUCUAAUUUUUAAUGCCAAAAUAUGAAAUCAUAGUUAUUGCAAUUCUUACAAUUAAUGUCACUUCUUUUUUUGUAUGUUCUAUAUAUAUAACAAAUUUGUAACUGUUCAUAACUUUUUUAUAUGAAUAACAAAUAUCGUUUUUUUGUACAGUUUAUAGAAUAUGUUACUGUACAAUGCGCACUUUGUAACAUCUAG